UUUAAACUUUCAGGACGAAAGCCCAAUCUAAGCGACUUCAAAACGUAAGUUACAACAAGUAGCGUAAAGAAAGGAUUGAACACGAUGGCGGAAAACAAGCUUGGACCCUGCAUGCAGUGUGUCCGUUUCAUCUUGUUUGCGUUUAACGCACUUUUUUGGGUAAGCUUUAAUUAAUUAAGUCAACUGACGGGCUUUAACUUUAAGUCAACAUGAAGUGCUUUGCUUGUCUGUCUCUGCGGUACACUUCUAGUUUGAUUUCGCUUGUUACGAAGGUCUAAGGUCUGUCUAAACGCGCUAGCGAUCCAAGUGAUUUCAGCUGUUCUUCUAUUUAAAAUUGUUUGCGUAACUUAGGGACUACAAAAUUUUACAGUUUUACAUGAAAUAAAGUCAUUUUACUUCAACUCAUUUAACUUUGUAAUCUGUCAAGAAAAAAAACUACAAUACUGGUUGCGUGGUUAGAAAAUGCGAGUAAAGAGCGUGGCAGCAUGAUGACUCAUCCUAUAAACCGGAUGUGUUUUGUCGCUCUGUUGAUCCGCCCUACGUAAAUUGAAAUGAUGUACAAUAUUUUUACAGUGAAUAAAAGGUCUUUUAAUUUUGUGUAGUUUUUGGCAUUCAAAGGAAGAAGUAUGUACCUUAUAAAAAGUUAUAUAUAGCACUGUAAUUAUUGUUCUAAAGCUGUAGUAGUUUCGUUAUGAUUGUUUACGUGCAAAACGAUGGUUGAUUGCAUUGGAGAGUGCAUAGUAUUUGUAUUUACUUCAUACAACAUCUGUAAUAAUAAAGGUGUUGUAUAAAAUAAUAUUAAUAUAUCAAUGCACUGAUGAUGUUUCUAUAUUUUACACUGUACUGUGGUUGUACCUACAUAGCUUUCCAUGUAGAUGCAGUCAUGCAGUGCCAGUUUGCUGUCCAGUCGCCUGUGAGAGCAGACGCCUUUGUCUACAGUGGGCCGCAACUGUCACAGUAAUAUGAAAUACCUCUCUUCACGGCAAAAGCAAAUACUUCAUGGCAAAACCAAAAACCUCACAGCAAAACCACAAACCUCAAAGCAAAAACAAAAACUCACAGAGAAAUGAAAUACUUCAAGGCAAAAGCAAAAACUCAUGUAAAAAAAAAGCCUCACACAGGGUCUGUGCAGAGUACGUCUUGAAUUCUUGAAGAAGCCAUGAAAUUUGCAAAGCAAUUUUCCAGACCAGAACAAAGUGUGGAAAAGAGAGGUAUUAGUUUGGAAAAAUGGUAAAAAGUCUGGCAUUGGAAGUUUCAGAACUCUUGUAUGUCUGCAUUGUAUAUGAAAAGUUUGGCAUCUGAAUCAAAGCCAUUCCAAAGUUGUUCCACAGUCUAAAUUCCCAGCCGGUCCAGGUGUGAAGAAUGGCUGAGCCGUUCCAAAUUGAAAUAGGCAUUCCCAAUAAAUUAGGAAUGUUUUGCUGUAGCGCAUAUAGUUUUGGCCUGAGGUAUUUGGUAAACCGUGACAGUUGUGGGCCACCGCAUUUUUCGGCUUCAGUUCACACACUGACCUUUCCCUGCUUGUGGCUGUAUAAUGCAGCUCCUAAAGCAGUGCUUACAAGUUCAUAAGUCAAUCUCAUCCUUCUCUCACUCAAUUUUAUUGGCUGAGAACAGUUCUAACAUAGCACUGACAUCACAGAAAUCACUGGAGUUCCCAGCUCAGGAUGGAAGAUGCUCUUUUCCUGGCUUGUAAAAUAAGAGCUGAAAAAGGCAUCUGCUCUUGCAGGCUAGCUGCGCGGAUUACAUGUGGCUAAUUGAAAUUUAGACUUAGGUAAAUUUGAGCCAUUGCUUGUCAGUAGUCUGUCAUUUGAGUUUUUACUAGCAGUAUUUGAAUAGCUUUGCAGAAGCCUUUGGAAAUUUACAGUUUCUUUGUUGAUGUCAGACAUUUGCUCAUGAGUUUUAUUUUUUUCCAAGUCACAGGCCACUGUUGAAUUACUUCCCAUGAAUGACCACUUUUAGUGGUGAUGGUUUCAUAAUAAAAAAAAUUUGCUUCUGUUCUAGCCUCUCACUGUGUGUUUGCUGUGUGCUUGUUGUGCUAUUUAUGCAGAUUCAUGAGAUAAAUACAAAGUUAACCCCCCUCCCUCUAUUAUAUGAGCUAAGUAAGUAGAUGGCAAUACCAAGAAAGAGUAGUAGUAAAAUAUAGUAUAACAUUAUAAUAUUGCCAGUGGUACAAUCUUACAAUGUAGAUUCUCUUUGUUUUGUUCUCAGCUUACUGGACUUGGCCUCCUUGGUGUAGGAAUCUGGGCACGUGUUCAGUUCAGUGACUACAUGAAGCUCUCUAGUCAUGACUAUUCCACUGCAUGCUACGUUUUGAUUGGUGCUGGAGUUUUCGUGACCAUCAUUGGGUUUCUUGGCUGUUGCGGAGCUCUUAAAGAACAAGUUUGCAUGCUAAAAACGGUAAGUUAAAGGUGAAACAGUGACAGACGUAGCAUCAUUGAUGAGUAACAAGACUCAUUAAAACUAUUUUAUUAUGUCCUCUUCAAUCAACAUCAAUGCAACUCUUCAUUCAGUCUUGAAAUAAUAUUAAUUGCCAAGUACUAAAUUGUACUUCUGUCAGCCUGCUGUAAUAUUAUUAUUUAUAAAAUAACUAAGAUAGUACGCGCGCUCUGAUUGGCUGAGAGGAGUGUUUGCAUGAGAGUAUGUAAACAUGGUUGUGGCGUCAAGUUGUUUGGCUUUUCGCGCGCUAAUCACGCAAGCACGAAUUUGAAAAAGUUUUCGAGUUCAAAACUCGACAAGUUUACUUUAUUUACCCAUUCCUUCGUCGGCUGAAACUUGGAAAAUCGUUACAAAGAAGGUGUGUCAAUUUUUCUUCGCUUAAGCUGACAUUUUAAGCGAGAAAAAUCCGUAUUUUGAAAAGCAUCUUUUUGCAAAACAAGAACUGACUACGCGUGCAAGUCUUCGUGGACAAGAUUUUGCGACUGGUAAGAAUUUCUCUUUUAAUCAGAGCCAUACAAAGAGUUCUGCGUUUUUUUCUCGGGAAAGUUAUUUUAUAAAAGCAAUAGAAAACUUUUUUUCCUGUGUUUGCAUAGCCUGAUAUAAACACUCGAGGCGUUGGGAGAAUUCUCGACAGUUAUGCAAACCCUCGACUUCGUCUCGGGUUUGUAUAACUGUCUCGAAUUCUCCCAACCCCUCUCGUGUUUAUAUCAGGCUAUGCAAACACGGUAAACGUUUUCUAUUGCUUAAAUAUAACAUGGUAAUAGAACUGAUUGGAAUCCAGUUAGGUUUGUAAUUGUAUGGGUGAUUUAUAAACAAAAAUGGACAACAGUGUAGUGAAAGUCCGAUUUGUUAAUCACGAGUAUGACUGCGACCAAAUUGGAUGACACAAUUAAGUCCUGUUACCAAUUAAUCAUAACCAUUACAAUUUCCAAGAAAACACUGAAUGCAAUCUUUUUUUGUGAAAGAGCUUCUAAUACUAAUUAUCCAGAAUAAGGGAAAAUAUCACUGGCAGAGACACUGACACUCUAAUGUUACAAAUUUGUCCAUUUUGGAAAAUCCCCUGCUUGGUAGGGUAAGUGGUUGUUGCUAUGGUUAUUGUCAUAGAUUCUGUGAUUUGUGGAUUUAGCUGAGUGCACUUUAAAUAUGAUUGACUGAUGUAACUGUCCAAUUACAGGCAAUGAUCUGAUUACACAGUUCUGUUACAACUUUUGCACAAUAAUUAUUGAAAAGUGAAGCAGUUAAUGCACCAUUCAAAUUUGAGGAAAUUGUAGUAGUUAUGAUUAUAUACAAUGUUAUUUGGAUAACUGGGACAUUUUAUUACUUAAUAGCAAACUUUGAUCUUUCAGUUUGCUGUGAUUCUUGGCAUACUUUUCCUGGUUGAACUUGGUGGAUCAAUCACAGGUUACGUUUUCCGCCAUAAGGUAACUAACUUUUGGUAACUAACCCUUCGAGUUAGUAGGCAUAAAUUUUACUAACCCAAUGAUAAAUUUAAUUAUCCAAGAAUCUGUUCUUGGAAUAACAAUAUGUUACUGUUGAAAAUGGUGCUAAUAAAUGGGGCAAACUAGUGUAUGGAUGGAUUGGUUAAUUAUGAUAUGUAAAGUGAAAUAGAUUUAUAUAGACGAUGUAAUGCUCAUUUACAUUUUCUUUCGAAAAUACAUUAUGUGAGGGCUGGAAUUCACGAUAAACAGUGCAAAACAAUUUUUGUUUAAACUCAUUGAACUGCAGCCUGGUGAAUGUUUUUUUCAACUUUUGGGAAAAGUUCUUUCCUUGUUCUUUUCUUCUUCACACCCUCUCCAGUAGUCUUGCAUGGUGUUUGAAACUACUUUUUCUUUGUUGUUUUUCUCGAUCUUCCAUUUCCUCUUCACAAAUUUUGGGCAGUGACCUUUUUGUGGAAAAAAAACUAUCCAAGGAUCUCUGCAUCUGAUCUGUAUAAUAAAUAGAACAGACGAGCCACUUGCAAAAGAAAACAAAACAAACAUAGAAACAAUCAAGAUGGCAGAGAUAUAUUAAGGCUGUGCCCAGAUCUCCCCAUUCAAUAAAAGCCUGGUUACCUUUAGUAUGUGAAAUGCAUGUUUUUCGUGUGUUCGAUUAUGCUGUAAGAACAAUAAGUUGUUCAAGAAAGAACACCAUCUCAUAUGCAAAAAUGAAACACAUGUAAGAUGAUUUUCUGAGACAGAAAAUUUGUACUGACCUUGUUUGGCUACUAAGGCCCAUUUUUAGUAACAAAACGUUGGAAACUACGCGUAAUAACUGUUGGUUAACAGGUUACCAUUAAUUUUGAGCCCUGAAAGGCUUAGACGAAGGGGUGGUAGGGGGAUGGGACCUAGCAAAUAAUAAUAUUUAAAGGACAUAUAGAACAAGGUUAUGAAUCCCAUCUUGCUGAAGGCCUACCAGUAGUUCCUUUAGCAAGAGUGGCCUGAGAAAUUUAUGCAGGCCUUUUGCACCAAGAGCAACUCCAGAAACAGGACAGGGUGGGACUAUUUAGGGUUCCUGAGUUUGCAAGUUUUUCUAGAUUUCUGACGGUUCAGUCUGACACACUGCCUCCUCGAAUUAAUGUCUUAUAUAUAUAUAAUUAUAUGUUUGGAUGAAGAGAUCAUGAUAGCAACCAACAAAACAAGUUUCAGUGAGUCUCUCGUUCUACACCUGAUUAUUACUAACAUGUUAACAGACAUUAAAUUUUGUAUUUGCAACCAGUUAACUCACCUAACACAGUCCUACCAGUGUUUACCGUAAUUCUUAACAAAUCUGUUUGCAGAUCAAGAGUGGAUUCAGUAAGGGGCUUGAAGCCGCACUUGAUGACUACAAAGAAAAGGGAUUCACAGAUGCCUGGGAUGGACUUCAGUCAAAGGUUUGAUUUACUUGCUUCGUUAACAGUGACAUGUGCAUCUUAAAUAAAAAUAUUACUAUAAUCGUUGAUGCAGUCCUUCUAAAAUCAAUAAGGUGGCACUGACGUAUUGUAACAAUAUAUAGACAGCCUAAGAGUUUAUGAUUUUCUGUGAUAGCUGCAUUGUUGCGGAAGUGCAAACUACACUGACUGGUUUUACAGAGACUGGAGUUCAGAAGAGGUUGGAAAUUUUUCAGUUCCUAAAUCGUGCUGUGUGAAAGAAGAAGACAAUUGCAAUAAGAACGUGACCACUCAUCCAGGCACAAUUUAUGAUAAGGUAUGAUCCAGUGAUUGUUUUUGGUGAUUUAGCCCAUUCACUGCCUCUCGAUCUGCUAACAGAGCCUUCCUUUAACCCUUUAGGCCCCAAUAUCAAAAUGCAAAUUCUCCAAACUGAUCUCUAUACAUUUCCUUAAAGAAUGAGUUGAGAGAAUUUGAUAAAAGAUCAAAGCAUUUUCUCUUAGGUGAUCAUUUUAUUAAUUCUCAUAACCUAAUCUCUUGACAUUGUAUGGAUAUUGUUAGGAGAAAAUUGAUGUUGGUCACCAUUGGGACUUAAAGGGUUAACUUACUAGCCUUUUGCAUUGUAAAUCUGGCAUGAAUCGCACUGCCUGUUGCUUGGAUACAGUUUCAAACCCUGACUGGCCUCUUGAAGUUUGUCCAAACUAAUAGAUGGAAUCAAAUUUAGGAGUCUUUUAAAAGUUUUCUUUCAAGGUUUUUCUCCUGAGUUUGUGGGUGAAAUGUUUUCAGUUUACAUAUGUCUUAAUUUGUUUUUUGCAGGGCUGCUAUGAUGCUGCAGUAAAUUUCUUUGAAGAUAAAUUGUUGAUCAUUGGAGCUACAGCUCUGGGGAUUGCAUUGUUUCAGGUGAGACCAGUACCAAGAAUAUAUUAAUACUUGUAAACAAAGCAUUGGAUGAGCUUCUUAUACAUCUACGGAUGUUAGCCUUGAUUUCAAAAAGUAUACAUACCGGGUAAUCUCUACUGUUUAGAGUCAGGAGAAUGGUGGUCACCCAGACAGGACAUUAAUUAUUUUUCCAAAUCAAUAAUAAUUAUUAUAAAAAGAUGUCAGCAUUGAAAAAUAUUCUAUGGAGAAAAAUGUUAUGUAUAAUCCCCAUAUUACUGACUAGCUUAAGCUAAAAAAAUCUUAUAGGCAUGUUUAUAUGUGUAAAUACAUGUAUCACCUCUGGCUAUUGUUAAAGUUGUUGUUGUUGUCAGUGUUUAGAACUUUUGCUGACUGUUCUCUGAGCCUUCUAUAAUAAUUAUAGAAGGGCAUAAUUAUUAUGCCCAAACAGUUUUGGUUAGGAGCCCGGUCAUUGUUUAUUGAUGAUAUUACAAUAAUUUAUUCUUGAUGACAGUAGACUCAUAAAUAAUUAUUGUAAUUUUAAAAUUUCAUCUUACUUUUGUUACAGAUUAUUGGUGUGGCACUGUCUUGUUGCUUGGCUAGCAGUCUUCAGCGUAACAAUAAAUAUGAGCUAGUUUAGUGGCAUUUUAUCUUACUUGUGCUACUGUGCUUUUACAUGUAAUCAAAGCUCUCAAUGCAGACACUCUCAACAUGCCGCCUUGACAAAACCCCAUUUAACUCUCUGUUUAAACUCUCUCCUGCAAUUGAGAUUUUUUUAUUCUGGUGGCUGUCUGCUUAAGGGAGCUUAGACUGUAUUGUUAACCACACAAUGUAUAACUAUGUUACCUAGAAAAUAAUAAUAAUAAAUUUAACAGUUUUCUAGUAUUCUAAAUAACUGAUAAAUGAUGAGAAGCUGAGUUUUUUCGAAGUUUUAACAAAUAGUCAUGGAAUUCAGUUGACAUAUUACAGCGGUUACCACUAACAUGCACCCUCAAAGAGUUUUUUCUCCCUGUUGAAACCUGAGUUUUCGUGCACGUCAAUCAACUGUUUUCCAUGGUUUUCUCACUCACUCUGACAGAGAAGGUUCCCUCAUUGCUGAAUGAAAGGCGAAGGCUUACAAGAAUAAUUUAGAAUGACAACUGUGUUUUUAAUUAUUUAAUUAAGAUGAAAUGCCAGUAUGUUAUUCCAAGUGCUCAAGAAACAAGGAAAGAAUUUUCUUUUGGCCAACGUGUGAAAACUAUGAUAACAGUUGAUUGAUGUCCACCAAACCGCAAAGAGAAAAGCCUUUGAGGGCACUUGUUAGUGGUAACCGCUGUAAUUAGCACACGGCCGAUAAUAUUCAUCAGUACUUCCCAAAUUACAAAUUUUGGAUUUGUUACAUGUAGCUAUUUUUCCUAAGUGUGGCCUUGACUCAUAGGCAAGCUGCCUUAUAGUUUUGUCUCACCCAGCCUGUAAAAAUAGAAACAUUAAUGCUUAACAGUAGUUCUGUUGGUCAUAUUCAAUCUUUUAAAUACCAUAAAAAAAAUCAGUUUUGUUUUUAUUAGUUUUCUAUUUGUUUUUACUUUUUUAAUAGAAAGAAAUAGCAAGCGCUAAGUUAAGUUUUAGUACAAUGAUUUAGGUCAAACUGGUCAGACCAUAUAGAGAUAUACAUGCAAUUCCUUAGAUGCUUAAAGUUUCAAUUGAAGAUUUGUAGGAUGUGCUAAAUGCAUUCAUAAUAAUUGCCAGGGCAUGAAGGCCUUCAAACUUAGUGAUAUUGAAUACUUAUAUAAUUUAUUCUUGAAAGAGCACAGUGUUCUCUAUCCUCACUCAUUUUGCAUGCAAAAGCUUUCUCUUUUACAGUCAUUGUUUGUCAGUUUUCUUUUUUUCUUCUUUGAUCAUCUGGUUUUGGUUUAUUUGUUUGCCUUUGCCUGAGUUGUCUCGUUGCUGGGUUUAUAGCUCAAAAGCAACAAACAAAGUUAACAAGUCUGAACAAUUGUUGUGCAUCUUUACAUGUGCCAUUCCUAUCCCCAGAGCUGCAAUCCUUGUGGACCAUUAGCUCCUCUGAUCAAAAGCUCUGGCUGGCCAUGGGACCAGGAUUUACACACAAGCACAGUAGCUUCCCUUUUUUGUAACCGUUCGUAA